UGCCAAAUUCCAGUCUAUAGUACGGAAGAGACGGUGUGACAUCCACGUUGAGCAGUGCAUACUCACUCAAUCACAGCACAAUGGGCUCCAUAUCCGUCGAGCGACCGCUCGCCCCUCCACCCUCAACAACAACCUAUAACAUCGCAUCAAUCCCAGCCGACGGCAUUGGCCCCGAAGUAAUCUCAGCAGGCAUCAAGGUCCUCAACACUCUCGCCCAAACCUUCAACACAUUCUCCUUUACAUUCGAGCACUUCGACUGGUCAAGCGACAAAUACAUCGAAAAGGGCCGGUACAUACCCGAAGGCGGGCUUGACUCACUCCGCAAAUUCCACGCCAUCCUCUUCGGCGCGGUCGGCGACCAGCGUGUCCCCGACCACAUCUCGCUCUGGGGUUUGCGAUUGGCAAUCUGCCAACCAUUCCAACAAUACGCCAAUGUCCGUCCCACUAGAGUUCUAAAGGGCGUGACAUCCCCCUUGUCGUCAUGUCAGGCCGACCCCAGUAAGCUAGACUGGGUGAUCAUCCGCGAGAACAGCGAGGGCGAGUACGCUGGACACGGAGGCCGCAGCCACACCAAUCAGCCCUGGGAAGUCGCGACGGAUGUGAGCAUCUUCACGCGGCACGGCGCUGAACGACUUCUACGCUUCGCAUACGAGACGGCCCGGUCACGCCCGCGCAAGCAGAUAACCUUCGUGACGAAAUCUAACGCCCAGCGCAACGGGAUGGUGCUCUGGGAUGACGUCCAUGAACUCGUGAAGAAGGACUACCCCGACGUCAAGACGGAUAAGAUGCUCGUGGAUGCCAUGACAUGCCGGAUGACGCUGCAGCCCGAAACGAUUGAUACGGUGGUCGCGACGAAUCUGCAUGCCGAUAUCCUGAGUGACCUUGCAGCGGCGCUGGCGGGGAGUAUCGGGAUUGCGCCGACGAGUAAUCUUGACCCGACGAGACAGAAUCCUAGUAUGUUCGAGCCGAUUCACGGGAGUGCGUGGGAUAUUGCGGGGAAGGGUGUGGCGAAUCCCGUGGGCACGUUCUGGACUUGUGCGGAGAUGGUGAGGUGGUUGGGCCAGGAGGAGGCGGCCGAGGUGUUGAUGGAGGCGGUGGAGAAUGUGUUGGGUCAGGGUGUCAAGACGAGGGAUCUUGGUGGGAAGGCGGGCACCGAGGAGGUUACGAGUAGCGUGUGCGAGGAGAUAAAGCAGAUUGGCAAACAGAGAGGUUUUGGAUCGAAGGGGAAGUAGGCCUGGGCCGUGAAGGUCAACGCGACAAUGCAAAACUCCUGCAGUAAAGCGGUCAUCUUGGGACCUAAAAGCCAUGCAGCACUAUGUGCUCGGUAGGAGAGGCAAUGAGGCAAUGAAAACCAGUCACAAUAUGAUUGUUUCAUUGAAAUACAUGGCCACAGCACGCUUCAACGCUUCAACGCUGAUUAUCUGUUCCACUGUGGGCGAUUUCUCUCCUCCUGUACAGAUGAGC